AAAAUAAAAAAUCAUUUUCCCAAUAUUCGUUUUCCAAUUUUGUACUUAGCUGCCGCCCCCCACCCACCGACCUCUGGGGCAUCUCAGGUACUGCUUCGGCCUUCAGAGUUAACAAUCUCCCUCUCACGCUUGUUUCGCUGCCCUGGCAGAAGGGCGGUUGGGAAUUCACUCCAGCACUUCUUUGAGGCAUAUCAUCAAACACCUGGUGUUGUAUAUAGAAGACUACUAGCUAGCCACCAUGGAUGUUGAUGCUGAGCCAACUAUGGAGGAAACCAUUUUGGUGGGUGAUGACCUAAUGAUGGGCCCUCCAUCGCCAAUCAUUCCUCCAGAGAUAGCAUCUCAUGUCCUUGAAGGUGUUGAAAUGUGUGAUGGAAUCUUAAGGAAUCUUUUCCUAUGCUUACAAAUCAAUGAAAUCGAACCAUUCUGUCAAGACGAGAUUAUCUUGUAUCAACAAUGUGCAGAGAAAAGGGAUAAGGAGCUCAGACGACGGAUUCAAGAUAGUGAGCAUAAAUUAGGGUUGUCAAUGCCUUUAGAUCUUGCAAAAGAACGAGCUGCCCAGCUAGAAUCAGAAGUCACAUCACUGGAUAGACGUUUAAUAUUGGCAAGUGGAGUUGAAGGCAUGGAAGGAUUUCGACAGAGGUGGAGUCUCCACGGUCGCCUUAUGGAUACCAAGAAAAGGCUAGAGUCUCUGAAGCAGGGAAUGGAGAGUAGAAAGGAGGAUGAGCCAACCAGAAAUUCCCCCACCAGAAAGAAAUGGUUCUUCUGGUGAAAGUGGAUUUUUUUCUCAGCUGUAUGAACUAUUGCCACCGCCUUCAACAACGUCGAUCAAUGAUUGGCUCUAAUGCCCAUGGAUAAACACAGAUUUACUUGUUGAAAAUGGUAAUCUCCAAUUUGGUGCCUUGUUUGGAAAAAUUGAUGUCUUGUCAUUAUAAAGGAUUGAAUUAUGAGAUUUUUUAUAUUUGAGCUUACAUUAUGCAUCAAUACAUACAAUACAAUUGCAUUAAGUUUACUUUUUA